GUAUGUAAAGAAAACUAAAAUGUACAUAUUGAUGACAAACGAUGAUGGAUUGGGAGAAAAUAUACUAGUUCUCUAGGUGAUCAACAGGUAAAAUCGAACAUGAUUUUGUGUAAUGGGUGGAUACCCCUUCUUGCUUUUCUAUCAUAAACGUCCUUGGAUAUUCAUCUCAUGCCGUUGAUAUUGAAAUUCCCUUUAAUUCAACAAAUUGAAUGUACUGUCUAGGUUAAAGACAUGGAUACACGUACUAUCUAAGUUAAAGACAUGGAUAACCGUCUUUAUCUUUUCAAAGGGAGAAAUGGAAAAUGGGGAACACAAGAUCGACGUAAAUCAUCUCCAUGUGUACAGUCAAAACCCGAGGACGACUACCUAAGAUAUAUAUAUGAAUGUAAACCAUGCUGUGUUAUUCUUACGGACGUCAUGCAGUUUUCUGAGAGUGAUUUGACGACUGGUAAAAGAAAUGUCUUACAAGCUGGAAAAGGAUUUCAAGAUAAAAGUGACAAAAUAUCAAAAUCGAAAACCACCUCUUCACAGGAGAAGAGUAGCGUUAUAAAUAAAAGGUUCACUUUGAAGAAAAGAUUGAACACAUCUUUCAUUAAAACAUGUACCAAAAAUGAGUACUUGUACAAAUUGGCAUCAUCUUACAACAGUUUAAAGUCAAUUUUCUUGAAAAGACACAACAGGAUAAAUAGAAGAAAGGGUUUAUCCUACGUUAAAGCUUAUCCAAUUAGACGUAGGUUGUCUUCAAGACCUGAAUCGGAAAUGGCUAAAAAUAAUCCGGUUUUAACAGAAGAGAGAGUAUUUGAUCAACCUUAUAUAAAAAAUACAAUGAACUUGGUCGACAAAAGAAGUGUUAAUGCUGAAAAUCAGUCGAAUGAGUGUGAUCUGGGAUUUAAAGAAACUGCAAAUCCGUUAACGAAGACAGAUAUACCUCACACGACAUUUUAUUCUUUACUGAAAGAAAAUAGUGACAUAACUGGGCAUGAAAUAUUUUGUGAUUUGAAUUGUGCUAAUUUUUCAUUGUCCGGGGAAUCUGACAUAACUAUACAGCACAGUGAACCACUGAAUGAGUAUAGAUUCAGCUGUGCAAAUAAGAAUUGUGCAACAAAAAACUCGCUUUCAAGAAUACGGGAUUUCGAAGCUUUAAAGAAAGUAGGCGAAAGCUACUGUUGUUGCUAUUGUUACAUUUCAAAGGAUAGUCUUGUUUCAAUAAAUGAACACAUAGAACAAACCCACAAUACAAUCGUACUCUUUACUUGCUUAUUAUGCGACAAAACAAUUCAUGGCUACCAACAGGGACUAAUUCCCCAUUUUGAAUUAGAACAUCCAAACCAGAUGAUUCAAUAUCGACAGGUCUCGGAUUUCUAUAACAUUAGAAAUGCCACCAUAAAGCCACAAGAGGAAAGGAAUACAUUUAUUCAUAAUGAAAAUAGCCAACAAAUUUGUAAUAAAGUGAGCUUCUCUGAUAUUGAUAAAGUCGUUAGCACGGAAGCAGACAGUACAGUUACAGAAGACGAACUUCAUCAGCGAAAUAACUAUAACUAUAUUACAAAUAACAAGGAGGAACUUAUUCCUACUGAUAAGGAACAGAAACAAGAAGGAAUUGUAAUUUCUGAAAAUACCCUGGAUAAAAAUACCCCGAAUGAGGAAAUACAGAAAGGAGAUAAGUGGGACAAUCCCAUUCAUAACGCACAACAUGAACUUACCGAUGAGGCGGAGUUCACUAAUGCGCUUGGCAUACGAAUAGUUGACGUUAUGAGUCUUCAUCCCGAAACCAACAAUGAUGACACGUUGUGGCAGGGAAGUGAUUAUCAGAGCAUAUUAUCGAAGCAGCCCAACGAAAAAAUAUCAAACAGUGUGCACAAAACAGACUGUCUAGAUAAAAGGAAUGAUACACAAAUCAUAUAUGAAAGAAGUCAGUUUAUUUCCAAUAAAUGUUCAUCAAGUUCAUGUACGUACAGUGCAUGUAAUGGUGACCCCCUUCUUUUGUCUCGAAUGACUGACUUUCUACAUGUUACACAAAUAGAAAUCAAGCAUUUGUUUGAUUGUUCCCUGUGUUAUAAAAGAAGUCUCAAUGCUACUAAUCACUGGAACGAAGGUAACCCGGGAUUCAGAGAAUCUGCAGAACCGUUAAUGACGAAAGAUGUACCCCACAAAACAUUUUAUUCUUUACUGAAGGCAAGUAAGAAAAGAUUACGCUUACUAGAGGUUCAUGUUGGAGAUAUACACAUAAGUAACGAAAAAUACGCCAGCGAGACAGCGAUAUACAUCUGCUCUAGAUGCAAAGAAAAUAUGCCAGCAUUAUUUUUCAUUGAUGACCAUUUGAACAGCAAACAUAAAGAUUUGUUUGUAAGCUUAAACUCAAAGAUGGAUCAGCUUAAGGAGUCAGAAACUGUUAGGAAUGUGAUAGAUGAUGUGCAUUUGUGUCUAGCUAUUGAUACAAAUUUGUAUAAUGCCGUUCAGAAUACAAUACAAGAAAAAAUGACCCAAAAUGAACUAAAGAAAAAAUUAAAUUUUCAUUUACCUAAAUCAAAAGAAUCACGAGACGGAACGACAAUCAAACAACUUAUUGAAAAAAAUAAUGGUGUAGGAUCAAGUCAGUUAAACGAAAAAUGUAUUAACUCUGAGAAAACUAGUGAUAACAUCAGCUACAUAAAAAACGUUGCAGAAGUUACCCAAUCACCGAUUAAUAGUCAAAAUCCAUCAUUAUAUCAAGUAGAACAAUGUCAUAAAAAGACAGAUUCAGCUCCGGCAACUGCUACUAAAUCUAUGCCGGUAACAGGCAAAUCAGAAUUCAACAGCCGUAUAUUGAAAACACAACAGUUCACUGCUGUCAGUUCUUCAUGCAAUAUUCAUGCUGUUAACAAUGAAACCAAAAUACAGUUUCCAGACGAUGACGUUAUCAUCGUUGAAGAAAGUUGUACGGAUAAUAAGAGCAUCUGCAAUUCAGUGAGAAAAUCGCCACUGGUACCUUCACGCCAGCAAGAAGGUUUCGUCAUUCCAAUGAAUCUGCGUAAAGAAUAUGUUAAUCAUAUUAAUAAUGAUGUUGUAUAUCAAGGUACUUCUGUUGACAACAAGAGAUUGUAUUCUGGAUACACAGUUCAACCAAUAAGGCCCGUCGUAAAUCAGCAACAUCCAGCUGCAACGAACAGUUACAAAACCGAUAAUGCAAAGUACCAAUCAAUAAGUAAGAAUGGCAACUAUCAUGUACAAACAAAGCAGUGUUCACAAAAUCUGUAUCCUGGGAUAAAAUAUUCUGGAAUAGGGCAGCAUUAUUGCCGGAAUGUGUUUCCCUUGGACACCAGAGUCGACGUAAAGAAUGAUCACAGACUGAAGACAAAACUUGUGACUAACAACGAAAGCUAUCAUCAGGGUGUAAAACAUAACUCAUUAAUUCCUUUUCAAAACAAUUACAAUGAAAACGUCAAUAAUCAGAGAUCAGAGAAAUCAGCCCAAAGUACUACCAUGCACACUCAUUUACUAGGGCAUCAGACUCAAUUUCCUUUAUCGACAAGUCAAUACAAUGUUUUUAAUGCCAGAACUAGGGAAACAAAUGAUUGUUCGACUACCAAAACUGAUGAAAUUAAACACGGUUUUCCUUCAUGUAACAUGUUGAGAGAUCAACACAUAUGCAACGGAAAUGAGAGAGGAAAUUACUUUCAAUUACCAAGACGCACGUCCAGUGCAAUUAUCGAUGAAUUAUAUUCUAAGAACAGUUCACUACCAACUCUUCCUUAUGGAAACUACCAGACAUAUCCUCCAAGAACACUAUAUCAACAGACAUAUAUAGAUGGUCAUAUGUUCAGGAAUCAGCGUUUUAUUCGUAGAUAUCCAUUAAAUAAUCCUUAUCAGAAUCAAUUGAGAAGACAGCGAGUGAUAUCUGCCCAAAAAUGUUGCCAACUAAGUUCGCCGACGUUGUCAUCUUUCGAAAACCAGACUUUAUUUCCUGAUAAUAUGCAUCGGCAUUGUAUGUCUCAUCAGUUUGGAAAUAUCAAAGAACACAGGCAAAGCACUUCAAGUAACCUACGUGAUUGUGAUCGAUUACAAAGUGAUUGUCUAUCACAUAUGGAAAUUCAAACAUCUUCUCUUGAAUAUUCAGACGAUACGUCACCUGAAAAAUAUCAAAUGUUUAAGUUAUCACCAGUUGGCCAAAAUCGACGUUGUGAAAAAAUGCCAUAUUUUUUGUAAUUCGAUUUUUUAUAUGGGAAAUGACUGAAUUUCAAUUAACAUUAUAGUUAUUUGAUGUUUUAAACGUAGCUUACACUAUCUGAUGAUUGGUUUUUCAAGAUUUAUGUUUUGCAAAAAUUACACUAGUCAUUGUAACAUCUUAUCUAGGAAAUCAUAUGGUUCAGAUGAUUGAAAGUUAAAAAAAAAAAUACUUAAAGUAAAAUAAGGUGUUUAAGUUCAUUGAUGCAUAUUUUACGACAAGGCAUAAGGAAAACAAAUUUUUUUUUUUACAGAUUUCCAAAAGCAUGUGCUUCGUGCGAAUUCAUCAAUUUUUAAUUAUUGUUAGUUUGGAAAUGAAUUGGAAUAUGCAUCAAUAACAUCUCGAUUCGCAAUACUUAAAGACUGAAAUAUAUGACUAAACAGAGGGUACUGUUUAAAAUCAAGUGGAAAUUAAAAUUUUCUGUAUUGAAAGUAUACAAGUAUAUUCAUAAGCACAUAAACUAUGAUUGAAUACUGUUAUAAUUUACAAUUCGUAUUCUUUAUUACCUUUUACUUUACAGUUCAUUGGAGUCAAUGUACUUGAAAUUUAAGUACAACAGAUUUUUGGUUGCACGUUUACAUUUUCAGCAUUUUGAACGUUUGUCUUUUUCAAAUCUCAUGAAGUUAUGAUGUUCAGACAUGGAUUACUGAGAUCAUUGUUGGUAACAUUUUUGUACCAAUAUUUUGAGUACAAAUCAAGUACUGGAAAAUACAAGUACCUAAAUAUUACAAUAAAUAUAAAGUAAAGAAAUAGUACUAAAUAUAACAAGUAAAUUUCCAGUACUACAAAUUUUAAGUACAGAAAUAGUACCUAUGCAAAAGUAGCUGUGCAGGUUAACUGUUUGAUAAUCUUUUUACUAAUAAGUUUUUAAUAAAUCUUAACAAACUUGGCGCGAACAAGUUAUAUUUCUAAAUGUAAUUUUCCCCAAGUUACUUAGAUUUUGGACACACUAAAAUAACACGGAAAUCGCCUUCAGUCCCUGACGGCAAAAUGUACAUAUACGGCAUGACAACUUUAUUUUUUGGUAGAGUCCAGUUUCAACUGCUAGCAUGUGAGAAAAAAUGUUUCUUGGAAAGUGGUCCCCGUUACAUAUAGUAGGGCUAUAUUGUCGAAAAAAAUUGUAAACUGAAGCUCUUUUUGUUUUAUAGAUAAAUUAUACCCGUUAUCAAUAAACGAAUAGAUAUUUGAUAAUAUCUAAAAGUCGUUGCUUAAAAAUAUUGUCUUGUCUUUAGCCGUUGUAUUGAUAAAUAAAAGUAUUAUUUUUUUUACUUCACUAUAAUGGUUGCUUCACAGUAUUUUUGUUGUUAAGUGAUUUUAAGAUGCAUAUAACUUUUA